AUGACUAUCGUGUCGAUGUUACAAAGACAUAUUACGGAGGAAAUACUUGAUUUUGAGCAGUAUGAAAAUAUAGCACCAGCCGAGUUUCAUACUUGGACAGGACUGACUCAAGAUCAGUUUACUGAAUUAUUAGACAGUUUACCAAGUCUGAGAACUAAAAAGAAUAAAAGAACCGUACUGGCGGCAGUAUUAGUCAAGUUAAGAACAGAUAUGCCAGAGUUUGUAGAUUUUCCAAGAAUGGAUGAGAACGAAUUAUUAUUAUUCGCACUGGGCGUUUAUCAACUAAAACAUGCCAAAAGCUAUUACGGUGAGCACGUCCUUGACAAUGGAGCAUUCACAAUUGAGCUCAGCAAUGAGUUAUCAAAUGAAGACUUGGCGGAAUUGCAGGGCAAUGAUUUAUGGAUGAUAAGAGGCCGACUGCAAUCGCGGCAGAGAGAGACAGUAUUAUGUCUAUAUUAUAAUCGAUAG